UAACCUUACGCUCAUGGUGUACAGACGUUUGACAGGGGGCGAAAAUGGAACUGUCACAAUUGGUGUUAGAUGGUUUAAUACUGGCAGGCGAUGCUGCUCACGUGAAUGACAAAGGGUUUUCUGUUCUUGUAACACGAGCAUUCGAUGGUUUGAUCGACGACCGACAUAAAAACCUCAUUGCCAAGGAUCCUUCAUUCAGAGGAGAAGACCAGGCUGUGGUGAAGGAAGUGUAUGCAGCACUUGUCACGCUGGUUGCUGAGGCCGCAAAACAUGAUCUAGAUACCUCCUCUAUCAGUUCGUUGUUGGAAGAAUGCAAAUUCAACAAUGAACGAAUUGAAACAUUCAACAAAAUUUACACAGCUAAGAAACAGUUAGUACAGAUUUUGCUCAGUGGGGUAGGGACCACACCACGUCAUAUUGUUGAUGUUGAUUGGAGGCUUGACUAUUAUAUUAAGAACAACCAUUUAGAGAAGGUCAAUGAAGCUGUGUAUCUGGUGUCAUUAAAAACAGAGGUUUCAGAGAGCCCCGGGUUGAAGGAGGUCCAGUUUUCCUGCACACAGGAGCAGCUGCAGGACUUGGUAGGAAAACUCAAAGAUGCUUGCAAAUGCCUGGAGAAAAUCAGCCAAUCAUAGUGAAGUUUAAGUGGGUUGGACCAAUCAUAAUCAUCAUACGAAAUGUGACAUUUAAAUUGUCACAUGAAAGAUAUUAAACUGUUGAUGGAGGAAUGUUUGGCAGGAAUGGACAAGUGACAAUAGGAAUUGUACCAUAUGUAAAAAUUAAAUGUGCAAUAUGUCCACUUCAUUUUUGUAUAAAAUAUAUAGACAG